AUGGCCUCGUCUGAUCCACUCGACCUCACCGUAACCGUCGUCUCAGCCAAGCACCUGAAGAACGUCAACUGGCGCAACGGAGACUUGAAACCUUACGUCGUCCUCUACCUCGACACCGAUCACCGAGUCUCCACUCGCUCCGACGAUUCCACCAAACCGGUCUGGAACGAGCCGAUCACUCUCCCUCUCACCCGAUCCGUCCACGAAUCGGUCCUCAACAUCGAGAUAAUCCAUUCCGUUACUUCCUCCGAUGUCGCGGCGAAAACACUCGUCGGAUCGGUUAGGUUUCCUCUCGUUCGAUUGAUUGACUCGGAGGGAGGGAUGACGAGUCACGAAUCGUUAAACUCGUUAGAGCUUGUGCGUCCCUCGGGGAGGACGCAAGGGAAGAUUCGGUUGAAGCUCUCGAUCAAGGAGAGAGUUAUCCUUCCACCGCAGCGUCCUCAAUCGCAACCGAGAGAUUACUAUUCUACCCCUCAAGGAAAUCAUUAUUACUCCCCAAGCCCUCCUCCUCCUCCUCCGAUGACAUCUCCGUAUAGAGAAUUCUCACCGUCUCCUUAUCCGUUCACCGAUCACUACUAUUCCGGAUUCUACUACCCUCCUCCUCCUCCGUCGCGUUCGAUGUACGAUCGGGCCUCCAAUUACGGCCCAGCCGAUGUUCCGUUAGCUCCUCCUCGGUUUUCGCAGCCCAGUGGGCCUUCAGCUCCCGUGGAGGCCUUUCAGGUGAACGAGUAUAAGCCGCCGCAGCCGCAGGGUCCGCCUGUGGGCUCGCGGUUGUCGAGUUACGGAGUGCCAGGUGGCCCGUCGGCUCCUGUGGAUUACUCUCCUUAUGAUCACAGGCAGUUGCAGAAGACGGUGGGUGGGUUGAGCUUGGAGGAAGAGAGAGGAGGUGCUGCGGAGAGGUCUGAGAGUGAGUUUGGAGGUAGGCCGAGUUACGGUUACGGCCGUGAGUAUCGCCGUGAAUGUUAG